CCUAAUGAAACACCACCCGAGCCUUCCUUCAAUGCCGGAGAAUAUGUUCUCGGCUCCUCUACCUUCGAAUAGUACUACGCCUCGACCGACAUAUCGACAAUCUGCAUCAUCCUCAAGUUUCGGCGUUGAUCCUCCACGGCCUCCUCGCGACGGGUUCGAGUAGGUCUGGUUCCCUCAAGGAUACUGGGCAGAACGCCAACUUAUGGUACCACGGAAGAGCACUUCUAGGAAAAGCUUCUUCAAGUGGAGGAAUCGCUUGACAAAGUCCGCCAGUGAAUCAGACGUUCGAGACCUCUCAUUCGCAUCUCCUUUAACAUCCCUUUCAGCGCCACUUAACUUCCAG